UUUCAAAUAUUUGAACUUCCUCGGUGAGAAGUUGCAGUGCAGGUCAGAGGGCCGUCAUUCCUCUGCUCCGACUGCGGGAACAUUAGGCGCACGGGUCGCUUGUGCACAUGUGCGCUGGGGCUGCGACUUUCAUUCCGGCCUGGUUGUGAGUAAAGGCGAAUGCUGCUGGCUGCUCGGGACGAGCUGAAUGGUGGAAAGGCGCUGAAGUUUUUUUGUGUGUAAGUGAGCGAGCGAGUUAGUGUGUGUAUGAACUGAGCUGAGCGCGUCUGGCGGAUCCGGACACACAGCAGGCCCGGGUGAAAGCCUCGGCUUUUGGGUGGCAGCCAUGGCCGGACACUUCGACGCGGAGGACCGGGGUAGCUGGUACUGGGGCAGACUUAGCCGACAAGAAGCCGUGUCCCUGCUCCAGGGACAGAGACAUGGUGUGUUUUUAGUGCGGGACUCCAUCACCAGCCCCGGAGACUAUGUGCUGUCUGUGUCCGAAAACUCGAAAGUCUCUCAUUAUAUCAUCAACAGCAUCAGCAACAGCCGGCAGUCCGCUCCGGGCCUAGCUACAUCUCGCUUUCGUAUUGGAGACCAGGAAUUUGACGCACUACCUGCCCUGCUGGAGUUUUAUAAGAUACACUACCUGGACACCACCACUUUGAUCGAGCCCAUCAACAAAGCCAAGUACUCUGGAAUUGGUGUUGCUAGCACAGGGCCAGGAGGGGUCCCUCAGAGGCUUGAAGAGGAAUUUGUCCGUGCGCUGUUCGACUUCCCUGGCAACGAUGAUGAGGACCUGCCCUUUCGAAAGGGUGACGUCCUGCGAGUUUUGGAAAAGCCUGAAGAGCAGUGGUGGAACGCGCAAAAUUCGGAAGGCCGCGUGGGUAUGAUUCCUGUACCGUAUGUGGAGAAAUUCCGACCAGCUUCUCCCACGUCAGGAACCAUGUGCGGUGGAGGAAUGGGCCCUGUUGGGAAUUCAGAUGGCCACAAUUCCCAAUCCACUCCUCUGCAUGGUGAGCCAGGCCCGUACGCCCAGCCCUCAUCUUUACCCAACCUGCAAAACGGGCCUGUGUUGGCCAGAGCGGUUCAGAAAAGAGUUCCCAAUGCCUAUGAUAAGACAGCUUUGGCUUUAGAGGUCGGCGACUUGGUAGCAGUGACGAAGAUCAACGUGAAUGGGCAAUGGGAGGGCGAGUGCAGGGGAAAGAGAGGCCAUUUUCCCUUCACGCAUGUGCGCUUACUGGAUCAGCACAACCCUGAUGACGAUCCGAGCUGAGAUUAGAGACUGGUGUUCCUAUACAGCCCUUAAAUGCACACACCCUCUCCUCUCACACCUCAUAACUGACAUGCCCAGCAGUAGCCUCUUCUACUAGAUCAUUUUCCUGUAUGUUCAUUCAUUCUGUGCCAUCAUGUCAUUCAUGCCAAUAGAUACAGCCAUUUACUGACUACAUCUUAUGCAACGAUUGAAGUUAAUCGUUCACUAGACACUAAACACCAUGGACAUUACUAUAGUUUACCAUACAUGGAAUGUCGGUGUGAAUAUUGCCUAUUUAAAAAGGGGGGGGGGACACAUAUGUCUGCUUGGACUCGAUAUUUAAGCAGUUUUGGUGUUGCUAUAAGGGACUGUUGCUCUGCGUUUGAGUAGCAUACACUACUCGUACUGAUUUGCUAAAAGCCGGCUGCAUUGAAGGGGAUUUUUUUUGGAGCCUUCAUCACACUACAAUUAAUCUACCAUGUGAUUAUGUACAAGUCUGAGAGAAAAAUGCUGAUCAUUCACAUAUUGUUUACUAUUACAUGCUUAAUUUGUAUUACUUUUAAGCAUUCUUUUGUGCACACAAGUAUUUUUGUGUUUUGUAUUUAGUUAAACUGUCCCUUUCUUAUCGAUCACUACAGGGGAGGGUAUCUGGACCUUGGACACUUUAUUUAGAAGUUACAAAUCAGUUUGGCUUAGGGGAAAAAGCACAAGGUCAUGUGAUUGAACUUGUGUGUCUGUUAAAAGAAGUAGUACUCGUAUAAAACAGUUUUUCCGCUACCCCGCUAAAACGUCAUACGAAGAUGCAACCAAUUUUAUCACUGAUAUACACAGAGUUUGUAUGUGUCACUGUGUGUAAAAUGUAAAUGCCUCAAACACUACUCUCUAGAAGUGUAUAGGACACUACAGUAGCCUUUAUCUAUGAUUGUUUUAUGUAUCUGUAAGCCAGCUGAGUGUCCGUUUAACCGUACAGCAGUAUUUGCAAUCACACAUCACUGCUUCAUAGUGCCAAUGUUAUCACUUAUUAUAUAUAACAAUAAUAGUUCGUUUAACCAGCUGUUUGCCUUUUUUUGCAGAAGCUCAGAAUUACUAAAGCAAAUUAUCUUUAAUAUAGCUUCAUAAACCAUGGAUAAAAGUGUACAAGAAUUGUAAUGAGCCCUCUUGAAUUUUUAAACAAUGUAUUACACUUACUGUAACUGCUUAUCACUUUAAAAAAUUAUCUAAUGAGCAAAUGAGUACUGAUUUUAAGGUCAUUAGAAAAAAACACUAUGGGUAUGAUUAUUGUUAGCGAUUCUUUGAAUGAUCUGCAAUAUGUUUAAUCGUUUGAACAGGGACAAUCACCUGAUAAAUUUCUCCCUCUGUUAUAUCUAAAAUGUGAAUUUUGGGAAUGAAGAAAUAAGUCAAAUGUAUACAUGUCACAUUAAUGAAGGAUUGUUUGAGCUUUAGUGUGAAAUGCAAGUAAGACAAGUAUUCAGCAAUGGAGCAUCAAAUAGUAUUUUAAUCUCACAAGGUCCUGUUGCUAAAGUUCUCUGGUGAAAUUGAAUUCUGCACAUUUAAGUCAUAAAAUAUCAGGUGUUCACAUCCAAGAGAAACUUAAACCAAACCCAGUUUUGCAGGCUGUUUGGUAGUUUUCUCGUACACACUACAAGAGAUGACCUUCCAACGAUUUUAUUAUUUCUGUCAUAAACUAUAUAAUAUGAAGUUCAGACUUAUAAUUCUUUAUGCACCUAAAAGAAGCGUGCUAUAUCCAAGUUGGUUAAGAAUUGCCCCAGAUGUUUUUGUACUUAAAAGUAUUAUUUUUAUUGCCUUUAGGUGAAUUGACUUAUUUACUUGUGACUUUAAUCUAUGUUCAUCUAAGUCCUUCAUAAAAACAUCUAAAUGUGUUUUUUUUUGUUUUGUUUUUUGAGAUCAGCCUGUUCCUGUACAUGAAAUGAAGAUAACCCCCAAUAGUAAACUAUUUAAACCCCA